GUUAUGUUGCUUUUCCAACCGGCUUUGAUACGUAUUCGUGUUCGGAUUUGACGUAUGUAUUCCACCCGGUGUGGAGAGUGAUGACCUAUUUGAAUUAGUGGAUUUCGUUCGGAUAAAAGUGAAGUGAUCAAAUUUGUAAUGAAGCCAACAGGAGCUGCUGUGAUCGCUUUGGUUAAUUUGUUCUACUUGAUCAAAGAUGCGGCAACGUUGCAGAAGUUUGAUAAGCAGCCUCAUUACUCCGAGGUCAACCCUGGAGAAGACAUCAGACUUGACUGUAAGAUAUUCAACAAGAGAGGCACGUGCUCUUGGCAGAAGGACAAUAAGCCCGUCGGCAUCUACCUCAAGAAGUAUGAGUGGGCGGGGAACCAGGAGAGCGGCGACUGCAGUCUCUGGAUUCGAGCAGCGACGCUCGAAUUCGACGACGGCGAGUGGGAGUGUCAGGUGACAGCGAGUGACUUCACCACUCAGGAUGCGCUGACAAGUUCACCUGUACGACUUGUGGUUAGAGUCCAACCACAGCGGCCCAGGAUAGAACACCGUAGCAACGUCGUCCUGCCUGGACACAAUGUGACGGUCAAGUCUGGGGACAAAGCCACGGUCAAGUGCCUCAGCAAGUAUGGCAACCCUCCGGCCAAGCUUAUGUGGUUUUUAGGUGAAGUUGACGUCACCAACAUGAGCAGUCAGAGCAACAGUCCUGAGAUAGACAACCCGAGGACCUGGGUGGCCAGCUCUGUCCUGGAGAUAUCCUUGGACAAGGACCACCACCAGAGGAGUCUUCGGUGUGUCGCGGUGCAUGAGAGUUAUCCUGCCAAGAGUCAGAGUGCCGAGGUCCGACUGGACAUUACCUAUCCUCCAGAGACGCGGUUGGUCGGCACCCCCGGGUCAGACGUGGAGGAGGGGGUAGACACGGUGGUCCUGAGGUGCGUGACGGAUGCCAACCCCCCGGCGACCAUCACCUGGCGACGCUCGGACCGCCAGGAGGUCGUCAGUGCCGAGGAGUCGCUCCAGUUCCGUCCAGUCACCAGAAGAGAUUCUGGGACUUACACCUGUCAAGCUAGCAACAAAUGGGGUUCUAGCGACCCUCUAACCGUCCAGUUAGACGUCAAAUAUGCCCCAGUGGUCAAGUCUGUGGGUCCGGACCGUUUGACCACAGCCUCCCUUUACUCCCAGGCUCUGUUCAACUGUGAGGCCGAGAGUCAUCCUCCCCCGCAGUACCAGUGGCUACAGAAACUGUCGGCCACUGCAUCCCAGGACGCCAUGGUCCGGGGCUCAGAGCGUCAACUUCUGCUGCGUAACGUCACCUACGACCACCAGGGAGAGUACGUCUGUAGAGUAGUCAACUUCAUCGGAGGCAAGGAGAGGAUGACUCAGAGCGAGGCAGUCAGUUUGCAAGUCGUCGGAGCGCCACAGAUCCUCAGAGAAGGCGGGGAUGACGCGCUGGUAGAGGUGGUGAUGAUGCGAGGGCAGACUGCAGUGCUGAGGCAAGUGGUGUGUGCUGACCCUCGACCUCGGCGACUGAUGUGGGAGUGGGGCAGUCUGCAGCUAUCAGCCGGGCAAGGGCUGGGCAGAUACCACGCGGAGGACCUUAUACAGGAUGAGAGGGAGGACUGCUACGAAGCUCGUCUGGUGAUUCAGGAUGUGGAACCCGCAGACUCCAGGAAUUACUUUAUGUUCGUAGAGAAUGACCGCGGCAACGACCGGCACUCUGUGCGGCUGGCCGUCCGUGAACCUAUUGCCAUGACUACCUUGAUCAGCCUAGCUGGAGCUUGUUUCGUAGUCUUCCUCCUGUGUAUACUCUGUGCUGUCUAUUGUGUCAGAGCAGAAAAGUGCUGCUUUAAUAGAAGAGGUGACUUUAGACCAACAGAUUUGGAAAGUGUGAUCUUUUACAGCGAGAAGUCCGAGUUGGACAGCACAGGGAGGAAGACGCCCAAGAUAGACGGACACAGUGUGCUGCACAAUGCAGCGGAGGCUAUGUACUGCAGCACCCCCACAAGACGGCCCCCCCACACCAUCACUGCGGGGGGCUCGCCAGAGGCCAUGAAGGUGAGGCUUGCCGCCAUGGUUCUGCAGCCCCCCACCAGAGUGUAAACCGCCGCGCCAUGCAUCAGUGUUUGCAUCAGUGACUGUGUGUGAUCUCCAGCAUGUGAUAUGGACACUAGCGAUUGCACUGCACCGGACUGAAUCUGUAGAUUAGUCUUAGCACUUAUGAUUUCGCUAGUCAUCACCAAAGACAUUGACAAUAGUUAAGACAAUAAAGCGAUAGUUAAUGUAUAUUUUUGUAAAUAUUUCCACUUUAGUUUUCAUACUUUUUUACAAAGGCUGCAUGAUCGACAAGCACUCGGGUAAAGCUCAAGCACCUGCAUCUAGCACGUUUAAGCACUGCCUCACUGCAUUACUGUUAUACGUUUGACUGUUGUAUUUCUUGUAUUAAAUUAAGUUGUAACUCAUAAGGUUAGCCAAAGUAGUCCUUCUAUGGCAAGAGAGAUAUCUCAGAUGAAUUAUUUACAAACAUGAUAAUUUCUGUAGAUUUUAACUAAAUACACAAAACACUUAAACUUCUUAUAUUCAGUAAAGGAUUCUCUAACUUUUCCAAAUUCUUUCUCAAACUUACCUUUUCCAAAUCUCACAACUGCAUAGCACCUUUAGCACUGGGGUGGUGACAGGAUGUUUGUUUUCAGAAUUACCAAGCGCACUUGAAUGCCACCGCGUGAUUUUGCUAAGCUAGGCAGACAGUUGAUGUUGUAGUGAUGUAUGUGUGUGGGGCUAGCGAGGUGCGAGCCAUAGUCACCGGCGCAGUACGGGCGCCAGACGCAGGUCCAAGGAGGACACUUUCAAGGAGCUGCAGGUGCCGAGUGUGAGCGCUCAUGGGGCCACUAUCAACAGAAUGUCCUACUACAACAAGGCGUUCCC